AUGGCGGGAAUUUCGAAUCCCCAGUGUGAAGAACCACUUAUUUUGCGUGUGACUUGUUGCGGUUGGAGGGAGGCUUCCAGGGGAAGAUUGGUGCUGCAUAACGAGGCCCACCUAGAAGAAAAAGCCUUUGUCGUGUCAUCCUCUCCACACUGUUUACCCCCCAAAUCCAUCACUGAGGUGAGGAGCGUGGAGUCCAUUUUCAGCGCUCAGGUAAAAAUGCGCGCAUUUUCUCUGAAGUUGGCCUGCGGCGGGCGGGCAAGCCAGAAAAGGCUGACAAUGUCAGAACCCUGCCAUUGCUUUCAUGACCCCUUGUUCAAGUGGCCCCGUAAUAGUGAUGAUAAAGUACGGACGCUGGUGACUGAAGUAAAGAAGGGUGAUGAUCAUCAGGUAAGGGAAGGAGCAGCAUCAUCAUCGAUGAAGGUUUGUAUUGGGAUUGGCGAUGAUGAUCGUGGCCCCGUGAUCAGACAUGGGAAGGCUCUGCUAACAGAGGCACAGCUGUGUGAGCUUCAGCGACAACUGAUUAUAUACAAGUACUCAGCAGCUGGACUUCCUGUACAAGUACUUCCCUUUUGGAAGAGCGUGUCUUCAUCUUUUGGCUUCGUUAAUGGUGGAAUCUGUAGAUUAUAUCCAAGCUGUAUGUCUUCUUUACGCUUCUACUUGUCUUUCUUGGUUUGGUUCAGUCCUCAGGAAUUUGAUAUAAAUAAGAUGGACCCAGAACCAGGGAGGUGUAGAAGAUCUGUUGGGAAGAAAUGGAGGUGUAAGAAAAAUGUGGUUUCUGGUCAGAAGUAUUGUGAGCAGCAUAAGCACGGAGGCCGUCAGUGUUCAAGAAAGCCUGUGGAAGCUUCCCAAACGAUCACUGCUUCUAAUGCAACACCACUGAAAAAUUCAAGCAAGACUUCGCAGAAUCCAAACACCAGUGAUUGCACUUCAACCACUGCAGUUCUCUCAAAUGGCACUCGUAAAAGCCAUAAAAACUAUGGCACCACCUGCUGUAGUGUUGAUGCCAAAAUCAUUGGUUGUACAACCAAAGCUGUUAUUGUGGUUAGUUGCUAGAAAGGCAUUAGUACGAGCUUGAACCUUAGGGGCAUUGCUGGCUGUAUAAAUGCCAAUGCAAUCAUGAUCAACAGCGGUGUUCCCACGGAGACCAUUACCACAGCAACUAUGGGAACUAACAAGGGUGGAAGUAGCAACAGUCACAAGACUAACAGUAUUGCUGAUAGGAAUGUCAAUUGUAGCAACAAUAUUGGUCUGAGGAAUCUGAUCGAUGGAGGCAACAACAAAAACAUAAAAAAUGCCAAAGGUGUCACAUCUCAAGGAUUGAACUUCUCACCAAAGAGUGUUCUUCAAGUUCAAGGAUGUGGCACCUCAUGCUUGAACCGAAGUUAUGUAGAUGUUGAACCAGGGAGGUGUAGAAGAACAGAUAGAAAGAAGCGGCGAUGCAGCAGAGAUAUUGUUCGUAGCGAGAAUUAUUGCAAGACGCACAUGCACAGAGGUGCAAAGAAGCGUGUGGAAGCUCCCUAAUCACCCGCUCUUCUCAGUACCAGCCUUGAUACCUCCACCACUACGGGUUGUCUGCACCUUACUGCAAUCUUGCCCGAGAAGGGGAAUGGUAUAAACUUAACCACUAAUGUUAUCUCCAUUUCUGCAAAUAAUCAACUCGUGACUAAUGAUAAUACUAGUGAUACUACUAUUAGCAGUAGCAGUGACACCACCAUCAGCAACGCCAUAAUCGCUCCCUGCGAAGAUGGAGACUCUUCUUCUUAG